UUUCCGCUCACCCGUCAGGCUCCGCGCAGGAAGAUCAUCAUGCACGUCGGGCCCACCAACAGCGGCAAGACCUACAACGCCCUGCGCGCCCUCGCCGCCGCAGAGUACGGCAUCUACGCUGGCCCUCUCCGUCUCCUCGCACACGAGAUCUUCGAGCGGCUCAACAACGGCCAGAUCGUUCCUCUGGGUCAGGACCCCGACGCGGACGCGGAGCCCGACGAGGACAUCAACCUCGAUGUAGCCCCGAACGGCGAGAAGCCUGCCGUUCAGAAGAAGGGAAACAAGCGGUACGUACGCGCAUGCAAUCUCCUCACGGGCGAAGAGCAGCGAACUGUGGAAGAGGGAGCGGGCUUGCUGAGUUGCACGGUGGAGAUGACGCCGGGCGGUGCGAUGCAGUACGACGUCGCGGUCGUUGACGAAAUUCAGAUGAUCGCAGACCCCGAGCGAGGUCCGGCAUGGUCGUCGGCAUUGCUCUCACUAAACGCCAAGGAAAUCCAUCUGUGUGGAGAAGAGACAGCAGUGCCAGUCGUCGAAAGUAUCGUGCGUGACACUGGCGACGAGCUCGAGGUCAAUCGGUACCAGCGUCUCUCACCGCUCACUGUCGCGCAAGAAUCUCUGAACGGCGACUUUUCCAAGGCACGCAAGGGCGACUGCUUUAUCGCGUUUUCACGUUCUCGCAUCUUCGAGGUCAAGAAAGAAAUUGAACGGGCGACUAAGAUGAAGUGCGCCGUGGCAUAUGGCAGACUGCCUCCCGAAUUGCGAACAGAACAGGCUUCUCUAUUCAACAAGCCGGAUACUGGCUACGAUAUCAUGGUCGGGACGGACGCCAUCGGCAUGGGUCUCAACUUAAAAAUCAAGCGUAUUGUCUUCGACACAACAACUAAAUGGAAUGGGCAUGAGAUGGCGCCGCUGAGCCUGUCGUCGAUCAAGCAGAUUGCUGGUCGUGCGGGGCGCUUCGGGAUGCACGACGACAACGACGCAAGCGGCGUGGCCACCACUCUCUGGGAGAAUGACUUGCCUGUGGUCGCGGACGCCCUCCGGGCUACUGCACAGCCCAUCAAGUACGCGCGCAUCCACCCCACACAAGAGCGGUUCGAGCAGGUUGUGCAGGUACUCCCGGCGGGCACGCCGCUGUCCGCGGCCGAGCUGGUCUUUGGGUACGUCUCGCGGAUACACCCCUCGUUUGAGAUGCAGAACGUGCGCGACAUCGCGCAAGCGUUCGACAUCGUCGAUAAGACGGCCGGGGGGCUCACGCUCGGCGACCGCCACCUGCUGCGGCUCGCACCCAUCCAGUGGCGGGACCCGGAAAUGCUCGAGAUGACGUCGCACCUAAUACGGAUCUACACGCAGUCCUUGGCCGUGGACUACCGCCAGCUCCUCAAGGCGACGGGCGUGCAGAAGAUCCUCAAAGAGAUCGAGGACGCGGAGUGCAUGGGCAAUCGGCCGCCCGCGUGGGGCCUUUCGGCCCUUGAGUUGGCGCACAAGGUGGUCAUCGUCUACCUCUGGCUCAGUUACCGCAACCCGGUCGCAUUUUCCCAGCGCACGCAGAUGGCAGAGGUCAAGCACAAGAUGGAGAAGCUCAUGGAGUGGUGUCUC